UUAUGUAACAAGUGAGGAAAACUGUGUUUCACAGGUUUCUUGCCCCCCAUAACUCCACCAGAAAAAUUUUUCCUUUCCCAACUGAUGUUGGCUCCUCCUAGAGAACUCUUCAAAAAGACUCCUCGACAGAUUGCCUUAAUGGAUAUAGGAAACAUGGCCCAGUCAGUGGAUAUAAGUGGACUUCAGCUAACAUUAGCAGAGCGUCAGUCUGAAUUGCCAACACAGAGCAAAGCUAGCUUCCCUAGCAUUCUCAGCGAUCCUGAUCCAGAUUCCUCAAAUUCUGGUUUCGACAGCUCCGUUGCAUCACAGAUCACUGAGGCUUUAGUGAGUGGACCAAAACCACCUAUAGAAAGUCACUUUCGACCAGAGUUUAUCCGUCCACCACCUCCACUCCAUAUUUGUGAGGAUGAGCUGGCUUGGCUAAACCCAAUAGAGCCGGAUCAUGCAAUUCAGUGGGAUAAGUCAAUGUGUGUUAAAAACAGCACUGGAGUGGAGAUCAAACGCAUAAUGGCUAAAGCAUUCAAAAGUCCUCUGUCCUCUCCACAACAGACACAGCUUCUUGGAGAAUUAGAAAAGGACCCCAAGCUUGUUUACCACAUUGGCCUCACUCCUGCCAAACUGCCUGAUCUGGUGGAGAAUAAUCCUUUAGUUGCUAUAGAAAUGUUGCUUAAACUAAUGCAGUCAAGUCAGAUAACAGAGUAUUUUUCUGUCCUGGUCAACAUGGACAUGUCUUUACAUUCAAUGGAAGUUGUAAAUAGGCUUACCACAGCAGUUGACCUCCCUCCUGAAUUUAUUCACCUUUAUAUCUCAAAUUGCAUCUCUACCUGUGAACAGAUUAAGGAUAAAUACAUGCAGAAUCGCCUGGUCCGUCUCGUGUGUGUGUUUCUUCAGUCUUUGAUCCGCAACAAAAUUAUUAAUGUACAGGACUUGUUUAUAGAAGUGCAGGCAUUUUGUAUUGAAUUCAGUCGGAUACGAGAAGCAGCCGGCCUUUUCAGAUUGCUGAAGACACUGGAUACUGGGGAAAACCCUUCAGAGACAAAAGCUUCAAAAUAAGACCCUUUCACAAAAUUUGAUAGCUGUUUUAUCAGCUGGACGUUCUGUAUCAUUACUUUUUGUGUAAACAUUUUAAACUUAAAUCAUUGGAUUGCUUAGUUUAAUACUGUAUAAAUAGCAUUUUAUGCAUAUAAGCAAGGCAAUAAAUACUGCUUUUCUGAUGCCAGAAUAA